AUGAGCCCCGCCGCCGUGCUGCGCAGCCCAUUUGAGCGCUGGUGGGCGUCGUUCCAAACCAUCCCCCUGGUGCCGCGGAUGCUGGCCCUGGCCGGCGCCAUCCCCUUCAUAGCGCUGGCGCCGCCGGUGUCGAAGCAUCUGACCUGGGUCCUGCCUUAUGACAUAAUCGAGAACAGCGCGAUGUUCCAGGUGGGCUACGGCAUAUCUAUAGUCACUUUCCUGGGGGCAGUGCACUGGGGACUCGCCAUGGGGAGCGCAGCCAUGGCGUCGCCCCUGCUGGCGCGCGUGUCGCGGGAGUCAUACUUGUGGAGCGUCGUGCCCUCCCUGGCCAGCUUCUGGCUCGUUGGCGUGGAGCCCGGCCCCGCCAGCCUGCUGCUGUGCCUGCUGCUGCCGGCCUGCUACGUCGUGGAUAAGGCACGCGCCAACUACCUCCCCGUGUGGUACUUGACGCUGCGCGGGCCGGUGACGCUGCUGGCCACGUUUGGGCUGCUGCUGACAGCCACCUAUUACAUAUAUUUGGAGGCAGACCGCGUGGCGGCGGCUGCUGCGGAGGCAGAGCAGCGGGAACAGCAGCAGCAGCUGCAGCAGCAGCAACAGCAGCAGCAGCAGCCGCAGGCCAAGGCCGCGUAG